UAGAUAUUAAAAAAAAUUACAUUUCAUUGACUGAAAAAUGUGGACACAUUUUAGAUUUUAGGAUCGAAUUUUUCAUUUUUCUUUUAAAUAUGGUUGCAAAAUCAUACUACCAAGGUGCUUAAUAACUCUACUAAGCAAUUAAUGUAAUGUAAACGUUUAAGAAUAAGUGUAAAACGUGUAAAUAGACAUCAAAGUGGCAACAAUGUUCUCUGGCAAGGAUGCCGCAAACCCUGCGUAUCCGACACAAUGGGCACUGAAUCCCAGUGCAUAUCAAAAUGUAGACUCAAAUUCAGUAGAUUGGGCUGCUCUCGCUCAACAAUGGAUUGCUAUGAAGGAAGCUGCCGCUAUAAUUGCGGCACCUCCGCCUCCUUCAAUGAAGCCCGAUGCAGAGGAGGGCGAAGCGCCGAUGGAAGUCGAAAACCCGGAUAAUACGGAAUCGGCGCCUCCAGGAGUUGAAUGGAACUCUUCAACUAACACCUGGGACAAUAAUUGGAAUCAAUGGGGUUGGGGAUGGCCUGGUGCUGGCGGAGUGGAUUCCAAAAUGGUGCCAGAUUCGACCAUAGCAAUGGCACCAAUGAUGGAUGGCUAUACUAUGCCAGCUGAUGGGGCUACACCAAUGCCCGGCUACACAACCGGAGUGCCUGCGCCAACAUUUCAACAUGGGUACUGGACAGCGCCUCAAGUGGCCCAGGAUUCUAGCAACAGUCGGGGCAGCAGUCGCAGCAGAGACCGUCGCUCCAAGAGCAAGAACCGAGAUCAUAAAUCAAGAAGUUCCAGGUCUAACAGAGAUAAACCUGCAAUGAUACCACCGGUUAUCGAACCAAUAGUGCCUCCUAUGGGACCCUCGGCCACCAUAGACGCUGCAAAACGAAGGCAGCUACCUGCUUGGAUAAGAGAAGGUUUAGAGAAGAUGGAACGGGAAAAACAAAAAGCCAUAGAGAGGGAGCAAGAGAAGGUAGCGCGCGAGGAAGCUGAGAAACAGAAAAAGAAGUUGGAAGAAGAGGAAUUACAGAGGAUGAAAGCUGAAGCUAGUGGAGAACCCAUGCCCCCGCCCAAGAGCAAAUUUGAAUCUGACUCGGAGCCCGAGGAAGCGGGAGCGGAGACUGAUCAGGAGCUGCCACCGCAAGAGGAGGAAGAAGAGGAGGUUGUGAAGGAGCAACAAGUGGAGCCCGAACCGCAAUUAGUCAAGAAGAGCAAAGAGGAGAUUAUGCAGGAAGUGAUGCUGAGCGUCCGUCGCACAUUGACGGAAAUCUUACUAGAGGUGACCGACCAAGAGAUUCAUACGGUGAGCCAGGAAGAAUUGGCCCGGUAUACCGCCGCACAAGCAUCGCGCCUCAACGUGUUGAAGGCAAGCAAGUCCAAGGCACUCGCCGCCAUCGCCAGCGGCCUCGGACUGGGCGCUUACGAGAGCAGUAGCGACGACAGCGCCGACGAAGAAGACCAAAACGAUAUUACUGACCAGCAAUUGCAGGACCUCAUCAAACGCAAGAGACAAGAGUUCGAGCGCACAGCACGCGACAUUGAAGCGGAAGUCCGUCGCGCAGAGCAGCGGGAAGCAGGAGAUGACCCCACCACGCCAGCAGCCACGCCGGAGAGACCGCGUCGAUCCAGAUCGUCAGCUACACCGCCGCCAGUGGAAUCCGAAACGCCAGAGAAGCUACCAGAACGCCGAACCUCAAAAGAUAAAAGACCAGACAAGAACCAUAAAUCUUACGAUAGCGUAGAUGGUAUUAGGAAACUAGAAACAAUUACAGAGGAGCAAUGGAAAAAAAGUAAAAAUAACACCCCUUCUCCCCAAAAGAACAGCAGCAAGAACCACAAAACUAGUAUAGCUUCUAGCGAUUCCGAAGCAGAUUCUUCGUCGUCAGGUGGUUCCUCGUCAGAAAGUGAGCAUGAAACCAAAGUUGAAAUUAAACAUACUAAGAAACGUAAACGCAAGAGCUCUAGUUCAAGCGAGUCCGCGAAAAAGUCGAAGAAACACAAAGAGAAGAAAGACAAAUCACACAAAUCAGAUAAGAACUCUUAUUCAAAAUCAAAAAAUGAUGAUUAUGAAAAAUCAGAUAAAUCCAAAUCUAGGAAAAAAGAUGAUUACUAUGACAAGCAUAAAUCAUCGAAGAGUAGAGAUUACGAGAGGUCGCAUAAAGAUAAAUAUAGGGAUGAGUCUGACGAAGAGAGACCUAGGAAGCGCAGUAGAAGAUCACGGUCAGCGAGUUACGGAUCGCGGUCAGAACGGAGGCGUUCCCGCGAUCGGUCCGAAGAGUGGUCGCGUAGAAGAGACAAGAGAUCUCACGGCAGGGAGAGUUCCAAGCGGGAUAGGUCCUACGAUAGGUCGGGGAGGGAUUACGACAGACACGAUAGGUAUGAGCGGUCUAGGGACUACGACCGGCGGAGAUCGCGCAGCGGCAGCUACUCCAGGCACCGCCGGUGAACCAAGGUUACAGAUGCGACAGGUUGUACAUAUUUAUAUUUUACUUGUACGGAACAUUUAAAACUUUUACUCGCCACAUCACAUGUCGUCUUUCUCUGCAAUGUUUAGUUAUCCAAUAAUAUUAAGUAUGAAUAAAUUAAGACUAUUUGUUCUUUCGACACAUGUGUAAUUUGAAUAUAAUACUAAUUUACCAAGGCUCUGUUUGUCUUCUAUGAAACAAAGGUCAUUGUAAGAAAAACUUAUGAACAUAUUCAAUACCAUAGUUAGUUUUGUAAGUUUUGAUUUAUACUAUAAGAAAUAUCUUAAAUAUUUAUAUAUCUUAUUUCCACUCAGUAACCGUAACUUCUUUUAUUAAAAAAUUGUGAAAUUCAUAUUUUAAUUGCCUAUUGUUUUCUCUUGCAGGUCGAGAUGUUUCUGCUUGCUUCAGGUGUAAAUAUUCAAGUUUGUGUAUAGUAUUUUAGUGUGCACUAAGUACGUAACCAUUUAAUGCAUUACCUAUUCCAAUAAAUUUUAUUUCACAA